GGCGGGGGUACUGACGAAGAUCCGCAUGGGGGUACGAGCACUUCAGCGGCUUCUAAUUAAAGCCCCGCUCGGAGCCCUCGGGGACCCGCCUGACGUCGGCGGGCGCGGGGAUAAGAAGCGCCCCGAGGUCCGAGGCGGGAGUCGGAGCCGGCGCACCCCAGGGCGGCCGCGGGUCCAGCGCUCGGAGCGGCCGAGUCCCCGCGUCCCCGCGUCCCGUGCGCUCCGCCCGCCGGGCAUGGAGUAGUGGCGCAGCUCGGGGCGCGGGGACAGACGUGCGCACAGACGGCGGCGGCUCCCGCGGCUCCAGCGAGCCCAGCUCCCGGCGCGUGUCGGAGUCUCCCAGCCCCGCGGCCCCGAGCGCACGAUGCGCGGACCCGGGCGCCCCCUCCUCCUGGGGCUGCUGCUGGUGCUGGGGGCGGCGGGGCGCGGCCGGGGGGGCGCGGAGCCCCGGGAGCCGGCGGACGGGCAGGCGCUGCUGCGGCUGGUGGCGGAGCUCGUCCAGGAGCUGCGGAAGCACCACUCGGCGGAGCACAAGGGCCUGCAGCUCCUCGGGCGGGACUGCGCCCUGGGCCGCGCGGAGGCGGCGGGGCUGGGGCCUUCGCCGGAGCAGCGAGUGGAAAUUGUUCCUCGAGAUCUGAGGAUGAAGGACAAGUUUCUAAAACACCUUACAGGCCCUCUUUAUUUUAGUCCAAAGUGCAGCAAACACUUCCAUAGACUUUAUCACAACACCAGAGACUGCACCAUUCCUGCAUACUAUAAAAGAUGCGCCAGGCUUCUUACCCGGCUGGCUGUCAGUCCAGUGUGCAUGGAGGAUAAGACCUCAGUGAGACACCAGAGGGCAGGGCAGGCAUCCCAGGGUGCCCACACUAGUGCGACGGUGUGGCAUCAGGAAGGCCCCGCAGUCCCGGUUCUGCCGGUUAACAGCCUGCCACACACACUUCUGUCCUGACACACAAGGACGCCAGGGCGAGACUGCAAACCAUGACCUUGUCUUUGUCAAGAAAGGCCCAGAGCCUGAGAAAAGCAGGUGUUUAGCAGGAAGGGCUCUGCCCUCAUCUCAGAGCAAAUCCAUUUGCCGCAUUCUGAAGCUCAUUAAUAGACCUCUUCAGCCAAAGAGAACAACGUCCCCACCUACCCUCCCUAACAGUCACAGACGCACUUCAUUGCUGGACUUCCAGGUCAGUCAAUCAGAAGCCUGAGCUCUGGAAUAUUGUCAAAGAAAAGGAGUUCUGAGUAGUGAGUGCCCAGUGCACUCUCCCAAAUGCAGCCUCAUCUUAGUAACCUUGAAGUUUAUCAUUCUUUUAAAAAUAAACAGAAUACCAAUGGUUUAGAUAUUCCAACAAAGAAUGCUAGAAACAACUGUCUAAUCUUGAUUAUUAGCUUUACCAACUCUGUGAACACUAAGGUUGCAGAACUGCCAGGUAAAUCUCUGUGGCCUGGACUACUGAGGAUUCUGAUAGCACAUGUAAGACUGAGCACUCUUCUUCAAGCUUUAAUAAGCAUCCACAUGUAUCUGUGAUGACUUUCAUUGCUUUAGCAUCGCAGCCAUGUAGUAACUGCAGAAAGAAGUUAUUUUUCAAAAUACAAUAGACUACACUUUUUGGAACACAGAGACAUACAGACGCACUCUGAGACUGCCUAUGUUUAUAAACAUGUUGUGUCCCCUAACUGAAGUGACAGGUCGUCUGGAAUUCACAGGAAGAAGUCUGGAUAGUCAUAUCAAACGCAAUGUAUUUGUUUUCAGCAGUGAGCAGACUGUACAGGAGCAGCACACCAGGAGCCAUGAGAAGUGCCUUGGAAACCAACAGGGAAACAGAACUAUCUUUAUACACAUCCCCUCAUGGACAAGAGAUUUAUUUUUGCAGACAGACUCUUCCAUAAGUCCUUUGAGUUUUGUAUGUUGUUGACACUGUUUGCAGAUACAUAUUCGAUAAAUCAGUGUAUCGACAGUGAUAUCUGUCACUCUUAUUUUAAAAACAACCACAAAAGGAAUGCUCCACGUUUGAUGUGUAGUGCUAUAAAACACAGAGAAUAUUUCAUUUUCUUGAUUAGGUGAAAUCACAAAAAAUGUUUCUUUAGAAACGUAAGCAGAAUCUUAAAGUAUAUUUUCAUAUAACAUAAUUUAAUAUUCCGUAUUACUUUCACUGUUAAAUUCUCAGAGUAUUAUUUGGAAUGGCAUGAAAAAUUAAAAUUUUGGUCAUGUUUUAGGAACAGUGGAGUGUAAAUCUGUGGCUAAUUCUGUUGGUCCUUUGUAUAAUAAAUGUAAAAUAGUAUUCCAGCUAUUGUGCAAUAUGUAAAUACUGUAAAUAAACACAAGUAAUAAAUGAAGUGUUUGUUAUAAUGAAUAGUCUUCAAAGUGACUCUCUACCUCUCUAACAGUUUCACUGUUGGGAAUUCGUGUCUUCAGAUUUACUGAGACCAUGACACUGGCAAAAGGUCACAGAAUAUAAAAGUCAUAAACAAAUGAAAACUUGAAGCCUAAGAAUUUCUCUAAGGGAUAAUUAGCAUUUUUUAAAAGUAGAGGCUACUAUAUAUUGGUGACAUAAUUUCUUCAGAUAGGCCCUGAUUUGCUGGGAAAUAUUCCAAAUAAGGUUGUAUCCAUUAUUUCCCAAGCGAUUUUGUAAUCAUGAAAAUGCAAAACUAGGAGGAACCUUAAGACUUCUAAGCAGUCUCAAAAUUUUACAUGUAGAUGUAUUUUAAACAGAUCUAACUGGAUCCAAUUUAAAAAGCGGAAUUCAGCAAAGCAAUGUUUCUCCAUUCAUAUGAGCCCUUGUCGGCAGAUGGUAUUGUCUGGGUAUAGCCAUAAGGACAGAAUAGUCAAGAGUCCUACGAUUUGUUUGAGGAUGUGUAUUUAUAAACAUUAAAGAAAAACUAUAGGAUUUUAUUUCCAAACAUAAAGGAAUAGAAGAGUAAGAAAUUUUGACUUUGAGAUAAUUAAAAGCAAUUACUGAAUGAAGAGAACAGGGUGUAACUUUUGAAGUGUUCUUAUUUAAUCCUGUUUUCUAAUUACAGCUUAUUACCUGACCUUUUCUUCCCAAUUUUUUAUGUUUUAAGGAUAUCAUGUUCAAAUAUCCAAUCUAUUAAUAUUUAAUCCCCUAAGUUUUCUGUAUGUCUGAGUAAUUCCAACAAGAGCAAGACUCACUGAGUUUGCAAACUUUCUUCCUAUGAAGACAGCAUGGCACUUCCACAUGAUACAGUGGGGAAACUACUCACUUUCAUCUGGCAGCAGCUCAUCCUCCAGGCACUAGUGAGUCAAGGAUCAAACAUGUCUCCUCCCCCUGGCACUGCCUGGGACCCUGACGAUACUGGUCAGGAGUGCAGAUGUCCUGGCCAGGCGGCUGUGCGUCACUGCACAGGAGGGCACAGCACAGAGGCAACGUGUCCAGAGGAUGGUAUUAGGCAAGGACAUUUCCAGCUGUAGGACCUCAAACUCCUUUCAGAAACUAGACAUUAUGAUAUGCGGCAGCAAUGUGCUUAUUUUCAUCAUUUUACUUUCUCAUCCUGAAGAUAAAACAUGCACACAUAACAUCAUAGAUCAUGUAAAAGGGACAAAACGAUGUGUUCAAAUGCUUCCUUGUCAAUAAAAAAAACAGGCAGACACCAGAUUUAUAUCUCUAGUUGUAUUUUUAUAACUCCCCAGUUUAUUUUGAAAUAUUCAUGAUUUCGACAUUAUCUCAAAAUACACAGAAAUUACCUAUAUCUGCCUAUACAUUUAUUAAAUGCUGAUGAAGAAUACUUAAUAUUUAAGCAUGCCAAAUAAUAAAGCAUUUCCCAACUUUUAAAAUUAUUUUUAAAAAUAAGCCAAUUUAUAUUGGACAUUUGGGUUACAUGUGCAUAUAAAAAGUGUCAUAUUCCUCAACUGACCAUAGUUAGACUAGCAUACAAGCGUCCUUCUUUCUGGAUAUAAUUAAGUUUCAGAGGCAAAGUGGUUCAGAUGGGAGCAAAUGAGCUGACCUCCUCAUGAAG